AUGAUUCCUGAGGAUAAAAUUAUAACAAACCCGGCAGUGCGUGAAGUAAUAAAAAACAUAGAUUUAAACAAAAUCCAGUUUUCGGAUACAAACAAGUUUUACACUAUCGACAGUGAACCGAAUUUACUCGUAUUUUAUGGUCUAAAGCCAACUCAUACAACACCACUUAACGCCGAGGUCAUUUACUUAGCUAUAAACGAUAUAAAAACAUUUUGCAUGUCGAAUAAAAUAAAUGCAUUCUCUACCAAUAAAUUAGACGGACCUACCUCACUAACCGGUUAUCCGCGUAUUCGCACGAUGUUUCGACACAUUUUCAAAGCAACCGACAUCGUAGUAAAAAUAUAUGUAGGGCAGCAAUUAACGUCAGAAGAAAAACAACAAAUCAUUUAUGAACACCACAAUUCACCUUUGGGUGGACAUUCCGGAGUAUCACGUACCGUAAAAAGAUUAAAACUUAAUUAUAACUGGCGUCACAUGAAAAAAGACGUAAAAUAUUAUAUUAAACAUUGCGAAUUAUGUCAGAAAAAUAAAUCGCACGUAAAAACGAAUUAG